CAAUCUUCUGUUACCGUCAACUAUAUAUCAGUGCCGUCAACGCGUCUAACAGCAGUAGUGCGAAGUGUUUCACAUUUUUAUAUUAAGAUAAAGCAGAUGGCGCUCGUUUUCGAGGCACAAAUUACUUACUGUUCCACCAUAGAGUUGUAAAUAAAAGUUGUUGCAAAAAUGGUGUCUGUCCUGAAUACCGUCGAUACCGGUCAUGAAGACAUGAUUCAUGAUGCGGAAAUGGAUUACUAUGGUUUGAGGUUAGCAACUUGUUCCAGUGACAAUUCUGUAAAAAUUUUUGAUCUAAAGAACGGAUCGCAAAGUUUGGUAGCCGAUCUUAAAGGACACAUCGGACCUGUGUGGCAGGUUGCUUGGGCACAUCCUAAGUUUGGAAAUCUCUUAGCAUCUUGCAGUUACGAUCGAAAGGUAAUCAUUUGGAAGGAACUAGGAGAGUGGACUAAGAUCUACGAACAUACUGGUCACGAUUCUUCUGUCAACUCAGUUGCUUGGGCUCCACAUGAAUUUGGCCUGAUUCUGGCUUGCGGUAGUUCUGAUGGUUCAGUGUCUAUUCUUACCAAUAAUGGAGACACAUGGGAAACACAGAAAAUCACAAAUGCCCAUACCAUUGGAUGCAAUGCUGUAAGCUGGUGUCCUGCUAUUGAACCUAGUUUUGAUGCUAGCGGAACACAGAGAAAUGGUCCAGUGAAAAGAUUAGCAACAGGAGGUUGCGAUAACUUAGUUAAAAUUUGGAAGGAAGAAGGUGAUAGGUGGAUCGAAGAAGAUAAACUUGAGGCACAUAGCGACUGGGUAAGAGAUGUGGCAUGGGCACCUGCAGUUGGCCCAUCUAAAGCUGCCUUAGCUUCUUGUUCACAAGAUCGUAGAGUGAUUGUAUGGACUUCAAAUGAUUACACCAGCUGGACACCCACCAUCCUGAAUGUCUUUGAUGAUGUAAUCUGGAAUGUCAGCUGGUCUUUAACUGGAGGUAUCUUAGCAGUUAGCGGCGGAGAUAAUAAAGUGUCUCUCUGGCGCGAAAACACCGAGGGACAAUGGAUAUGCAUUUCUGAGACAAAUAAAGGUCAAGGAAAUCUGAACAACACAGAUCAACGUGCGUUAUAGGAGCAGAAAAAUGUAAGAUAUUUUUUAAAAUAAGUAUUGUACAUUGAAGAUCUUGUUUCAUAUUAAAUAACAAUUUUAUUCCACUGA